AUGCAGGGCGUAUAUCCGCGUUUCUCAGCUGUCUCGUCCCCUUCGAUCCCCACUCCUCUCGCGUUUCGCAAUCGCGACGAUCGCCGCCGUUGUGGGCGUCCCGCGCUGCGUGUCUCGCCAUUGUUUACACCGCUGCCACUCAUUCUACUCCCCCUGCUUACCCGUUGUUUCCCCCCCUCUCUUUCUUUCUUCUCCCCUGCAUACCCAUUGACUGUAUUCCUUCUUCUCCCCCUUGCUUCCCCUCCUUCUCCCCCUGCUUCCCCUCCUUCUCCCCCCUGCUUCCCCUCCUUCUCCCCCCUGCUCCCCCCUGCUUCCCCUCCUUCUCCCCCCUGCUUCCCCUCCUUCUCCCCCCUGCUUCCCCUCCUUCUCCCCCCUGCUUCCCCUCCUUCUCCCCCCUGCUUCCCCUCCUUCUCCCCCCUGCUUCCCCUCCUUCCCCCCCCUGCUUCCCCUCCUUCUCCCCCCUGCUUCCCCUCCUUCUCCCCCCUGCUUCCCCUCCUUCUCCCCCCUGCUUCCCCUCCUUCUCCCCCCUGCUUCCCCUCCUUCUCCCCCCUGCUUCCCCUCCUUCUCCCCCCUGCUUCCCCUCCUUCUCCCCCCUGCUUCCCCUCCUUCUCCCCCCUGCUUCCCCUCCUUCUCCCCCCUGCUUCCCCUCCUUCUCCCCCCUACUUCCCCUCCUUCUCCCCCCUGCUUCCCCUCCUUCUCCCCCCUGCUUCCCCUCCUUCUCCCCCCUGCUUCCCCUCCUUCUCCCCCCUGCUUCCCCUCCUUCUCCCCCCUGCUUCCCCUCCUUCUCCCCCCUACUUCCCCUCCUUCUCCCCCCUGCUUCCCCUCCUUCUCCCCCCUGCUUCCCCUCCUUCUCCCCCCUGCUUCCCCUCCUUCUCCCCCCUGCUUCCCCUCCUUCUCCCCCCUGCUUCCCCUCCUUCUCCCCCCUGCUUCCCCUCCUUCUCCCCCCUGCUUCCCCUCCUUCUCCCCCCUGCUUCCCCUCACGACAGGGUGGAAGAUAGCAAUCAGCGGCUCGCGUCGACGUGUGUAUGA